AUGAUUUCUGUAUUUAAUUUAGAAGAAAUUUGUUUAGAAACGCCUAAACGUUUUAAAGGUCAAAAAGAAGAUUCAAUAUUAAUUGUUACUGGUACUAUUGAUGAUCCUAUUUAUAUCUCCACUGAUAAUUCCAAUACUAAUACUCCAACCAAUUCACCUCUAAACGGUAUUAAUUUACCCCUAAACGGUAUAGCUCCUACUCUAAAUGGUACUAAUUUACCCCUAAACGGUAUAGCUCAACCUCUAAAUGGUACUAAUUUACCCUUAAAUGGUACUAAUUUACCCUUAAAUGGUACUAAUUUACCCUUAAAUGGUACUAAUUUACCUCUAAAUGGUAUAGCUCAACCUUUAAAUGGUACUAAUUUACCCUUAAAUGGUACAGCUGAUACUCCUACACAUGUUACAAUUUCACCUACAGGACCAAAUUUAACCAAUACACCUAAAAACUCUACUUACAAUACAAUUCCUACUACUCCUAAACCUCAUACACCUACUCACACUACUAAACCUACUCCUACUACUAAACCUCAUACUACUGUUACUCCUAAACCCACUCAUACUCCUAAUCCUAUUGUCACACCAAUUAAAAAAAAUAUAUAUAAACAAGAAUAUAAGCAUAAAUUUUUAUUAAAAUUAAGAAAGAAACAGUAUGAGAAUAAUUUUGAUUUGGGACUUUAUUUUCUGGUUCGAUUUGGUGGUCCAAGAUCCUCAAUGGGUACAUCAAUUUUAAUGGAUGAUGAGUUAUUGGAAUGUUCCGAGUUAUCAAAAUUUAGAAAUAAUCGAGACUUGAAUGAGUGGUUUGAUUUUCAAUAUAAAAGUUUAUACAAAAAUUUGAGGAAACGUAUGGAUUUUAAUAAUUUAUCUGUUUCUCAAGUCAAUAAACGACUUUCUAGAGAACUUCCAAGAAAACGUUGGUUCACACGUGAAAAAUUAUAUAAUAAAACUAUUGAACAGGAAAAUUGGAAUCCUUUUUCUAUCUUUGGUUCCAUUCCUUAUGUUAGUCUUAAUGAUGUUUUUAAUCUUGAAUCUUCUAAAAAUUAUAUUAUAGGUACACUUAAAGAUUUUCUUAUUACAUCCUCCGUUACGGUGCUUGGUCACACGGCCACUAAUAGUACUGAGGUUACUGGUACUAGUGCUAACCUUACCAAAGGUAUCAGUACUAGUACUAAUAACCUAACUACCAGUACUACUAAUACUACUACUAUGGGAAAGGGAGCUAAUGACACUUUUAGUACUAAGGGAAAGGGAGCUAAUUCUGUGGGUAUGGAGUGUACUAGUGAGAAAAAUACUAAUGAAAUUGCUGCUGUAACUAAAUUUGGGGAGUCGAAUACUUUUACUGAGGGAGUUCGUACUAAGGGCAGUAAGGUUACUAAUACUAGGGGAUCUGGUACUAAUACUAAGGAAACCCCUUUAGGGGGUGCCGUUGGAGCAAGCACCGUAACUGAGGAGAAAAUUUUAUAUAAUUAUUUAAAUGAAAAAUGGAAAAAUGAAUCAAAAAAAAUAACAAAUUGGAAUAAUGAUCCAUUAUUAACAACAGAAGUAUUAUGGUAUAUAAAUGCAACAAAUAAAUAUUUGGAUAAAUCGCAAAAUGUAUGUAUAUUACAAAAAUGUUAUUGUGUAACACCAGAUCCAAAUAUAAGAUUCAAUUGGAAUGAUCCAAGAUGUUCAAUAUGGAGAAAUUAUGAUGGACCAAGACCAUCAAUGGGUGAAAUCUUAACCAAAUCAAAUUAUAAAUAUAAUCUAGAAAAAUAUAAUAAUUUCAAAAAUAAAUUACAUAAUUCCAUUCCAACACAAGAUGAUCAUAUCAAAUUACAAUAUUAUUAUAAUUAUUUCAAUCUUAAUCAUUAUUCACAUUCUUAA